AUGACUAAGCAUCACUCUGGCCUGGCCGUCCCGCGCUUGACCAGCGCCGCCACUCAAGCGCUCCAAGCCGACGACGCAGAAGCAUAUUGCUGUCUUGCUGGAGCGCACCGCUUCGUCAUCACGGCCUUUGUCACGGGCUCGCGCAUCCUCGGCCGCUCCUUUGUGGCGGCGUACCAGCAGGCCCAGGCGGCGUCCAAGUACCAGCGCCACGUCGCGAAGAACGGCGGCGGCGGCGGCGCCUCUGCAAGCGCCUCGCUCUCGGGCGGCAUGACGCUCGACGAGGCCUGCAAGGUGCUCAACGUCAAGCCCCCCGCGGGCGGCCAGGCCAACGUCGCCGAGGUGCUCGAGCGCUACCAGCGCCUCUUUGACGCCAACGAUCCGCAAAAAGGCGGCAGCUUCUACCUGCAGAGCAAGAUUGUGCGCGCCAAGGAGCGCUUCGAACGCGAGCUCGGCCCCAUGCGGGAAAAGGUCGAGCACGAGGCCGAGGCCAAGGAGGGGUGGAAGCCCAAGGUCUACAAGGACCGGUAG